CGGACAAAUAUUUUAUCACACAUCUAUCUGAUGGGCUCCCAAACAUUUGCUCAUCGCGUUCCUGCUGGUUGUUGAAGCCAGAAGAGCUCCAACUUGUGCGAAACGCUGCAGAAGAAACCUGAUAGCUUUGCUCACUUCAGAUCUUUUUGCGUUUUUUUUUUCUUUUUUUCCAUCAACUUGAGAAACUGCUUGAAUUUCGAGCCACCUCUCGCGCGCUGCUGACUGACGGUGGGAGAGACUUGUUGCUCGACUUGUUGCUCGACUUGUUGCCCGACUUGUCUCUGAGAUCCGCUGCUGCCGAUCAGCCUUUGUGGACGUCGGAAAGGGGGCAAGGACUUUGUCGGUGUGGCCGCUGGCUGCUGAAGGAAACAGCCGCAUGAGCGAUGAGCCAUGAGGCUGCUGCAGGUCACCGCGGACUGUCUGCCAACAGCAACGGAUUAGUGUCACUUUUAGAUCUUCUGCGAGACUCGGUGUCACGUUUUUGAGGCUUUUCCAUUUCAAAGAUGAGCAGAUAGCUCGCUGGCUGAGAGUUUGUGACUGAAUGUAAGAGAAGAAAAGCCUCCUGCACUUAUAUCUGCUGCUCGAAGGAAGUUUCCUGGUUUGUUUGUUUUUUAUUUGCCACCUUCAUCCUCAUCAGUCAACCAUCAGCAGAUCAGAAAGAUGACAUCUCUACAGAUCUUCAUCAUCACCUCCCUGAUCCUGUGCAGCACGGUGGCUGAUGUCCCAGAAGAAGAAGGCUUCAGCGCUGAGGCGUGGCUUCGUCAGUUCGGCUACCUGUCUCAGGCGAGCAGACAGAUGUCCACCAUGCAGUCGGCUCAGAUUCUGUCCAAAGCCGUCAGCGACAUGCAGCGCUUCUAUGGGCUGGAGGUGACCGGUGAGAUGGACGCUGCCACUGUCGCGGCCAUGCAUCGGCCUCGCUGUGGACUCCCCGACAGAAAAGCAGAGGAGCUGGUGGACGGAGCGAGGAAGAAACGCUACGCUCUCACCGGACAGCAGUGGGACAGAGACCACAUCACUUACAGCAUAAUGAACCAACACAUCCCCUCCUCGCUGGGAGAUGAGCGCACGUACGACGCGAUCCGCAAGGCCUUUGCCGUGUGGAGGCGGGUCACGCCGCUCACCUUUGAGGAGCUACCUGCUGUAAACAGCAUCAACGGCAGCCAGGCGGAGCUUGCUGACAUCCUGCUGCUGUUCGCCUCUGGUUUCCAUGGUGAUAUGUCAUUGUUUGAUGGCGAGGGAGGGUCGCUGGCCCACGCCUACUAUCCUGGACCAGGAAUUGGCGGCGAUACGCACUUUGAUGCAGAUGAGCCUUGGACACUUGACAAUGAAAACCCAAAAGGCAUCGACCUCUUCCUGGUUGCUGUCCAUGAGCUUGGCCAUGCUCUGGGUCUGGAACAUUCAGAUAACCCCAGCGCUACGAUGGCUCCUUUCUACCAGUGGACCCACACCAAAAACUUCACACUGCAUGAAGACGACAUCAGAGGAAUACAGUACAUAUAUGGUCCCCCCCUCGUCACUGAUGCUCCGCCCACCUCUCCUCCCGCUCCUGGCGAUGAACCCGACGAUGACUCCCCCACCUCCCCUUCUCUUCCUGAAGAUGAAUCCACCUCCUCCUCUCCCACCGACCCCCCACCUGAAUCGCCCAGCCCGGAUCCUCCAGCCCAACCUGAGCCGAACCCCACCUCGCCUCCCGCCCUCCCCACCUCGGCUCCCACCAAGUCCAAGCCUGAGCCGGAACCGGUCACCCCGACCGUCAGAAAAGACAUCCCCCCUCCUCCACCACCUCCCAGGCCUCCCGCUCCUCCUCGGCCUCCCAACCAGCCCCCCAACAUCUGUGACGGGGACUUUGACACAGUGACCCUGCUGAGGGGGGAGAUGUUUGUUUUCAAGGGUCGCUGGUUCUGGCGGGUGCGGAGGAACCGUGUCCUGGAUAACUACCCCAUGCCGAUUUCCGUCUUCUGGAUUGGUCUCCCCAGUGACAUUGACGCAGCCUACGAACGCCACGAUGGCAAAUUUGUCUUUUUCAAAGAUGAUAGAUACUGGGUGUUCAGGGAGGCCGAUGUGCUGCCAGGGUACCCUCAGCCCUUAUAUCAGUAUGGACAAGGAGUUCCUGCGCACAAGAUCGACACGGCUGUCUGGUGGGAGCCCAACGGGCACACUUACUUCUUCUCAGGAGACAGGUACUGGCGAUACAGCGAGGAGACGCGAACCACAGACCGAGAUUUCCCCAAACCAAUCAGCAGAUGGGGCAAGAUUCCCGACUCUCCAAAAGGAGCCUUCCUCAGCGACGAUGGUGCUUACACCUAUUUCUACAAAGGCGCCAAUUACUGGAGGUUUGACAACCACAAAAUGGAAGCAGACAAAGGCUACCCUCGCUCCAUCCUGAAGGACUUCAUGGGCUGUGUGGGAGUCCCCGAUCCGAAGCCCGACCCAGACACUGAGCAAGUGCCAGUGGACAAACCAGUGAAGCCCUCAGACAGAGGCAAAGAUGUGCACAAAGAGCCGGAUAGGGGCCAGGACAAAGAAACUGAGGAAGACAAAACCACUAAACCUGACGGCGCAGAGGGAGACGAGGACAAUGAGGUGAACGUGGUCGUGGUGGCCGACAACGAAUCGAAGAUCAUGACCCUGAUCAUGGUGACUGUUCCUCUGGUGCUCAUCCUGUGCAUCCUGGUCCUAAUCUACGCUAUCCUCAGGACUCUGCAGAACAAAGAGACGCCGAGGGCCUUGGUGCACUGCAAGCGCUCGCUGCAGGACUGGGUGUGAUGCACAGAGUUAGAAGCCACAGAACGGGUAUCCAUCAUUUGUCACUGCCGUCAAAUUUUUCACUCAUGGCGCGGGAGGGAAAUGAAACUUUGACACAGUGCUAAAGAUUCAGAAAGCUGAUGAUGAGUUACCUCAAUGCCGAGGACCCCGUUAUUCAUUGUGAGAACUUUUAUUGCUCGUGAAAUGAUAAAAAGUAGAAAGUCUGCGCCUGUGGAGCCGCAGUUUCCCUCAUUCUGGCCUUGAAUUCAGCUCUGCCGGGAGUUUCUCUCUGUGCCUUCCAAAUGUGUAAAAAAAAGAAGUGCCUCUGUUUGUUUAAAAGAAUGCAUAAUGUUUCCAUCACAACUUAAAAGAAUGCAGACUCAUGACCUUAGGUGUGCUGUUAAAGACACACGGCCACUCUUGGAAAGCUCGUUUCCAAUUCUAAUUGGACAGAAGAGGGACAUUGGAGUGAUUUAUUUGUAGUAGAAAAUGCAGACAAAGUCAAUCGAGCACAUACAUUACGCAGAAGCACACGCAUGCUGUACAUACGCAAACACACCAGUGCUCACCACUAGUACAACAAAUCCAUGCGUCCAUAGGAACAAACCUUUCUUAUGUUCGACUAAGGUGCUUCAACCAACCUUGACAUUUUUCUUUCUGUUCAAAACAGAUAAUUUGCACUUUUGAUCUCUCGUUACUUGGUUUAGCUGAUGUAGCAGCAGCCUCUCUGCUUAUUAAACUCACACACGAGCAGGCGAAGCUCCGACCAGCGCAGGAAUGUCAGACAGCUGCGUGUCCACGACUGCCCAUCUCCCACUGAGCCCAUUAUGUCUGCCCUCUCCUUCUCUCGCACACAUGUUCCACCGUCACAUGAUCUCAAAAAUCCCCUAUCUGCGCUCAUUUGUGCAUGCGAGCCCACAUAUGCCGACACACACAUAGAGACCACUUACAAAGGCACACAGACACUCAGGCUCCAGCCUCCCCUCCUCCCACCACAGCCAUGGUAACUGUUCAGACUGUACCACUAAAAACACAAUCCCAGCGGAGGCAUAUUGAUAUACGACUGGUGCCAGGGGCAGGGAUUUAUUCACUUUUUUUUCCUUUUUUUUUUUUUUUUUUUUUACAAGAAUCAAUAAGUGUUGCGGUAUUUUACAAAUUCUGCAACCUGUGAAAACGUAGCAACGGCGUCCUUCCUUUUCUGCAUCUCCUCUGACUUUUUUUUUUCAUGCUAAAUGUAAAUAGAGUUGAGGCUAAUUAAGUCUACGAGGGAGAAGCCUGCAGGCUCGAGGAGAAUGGGCCGGGGUCUGGUUUCCAUUAAGCCCACAUGUUGCUGAUUUAGUAGUGUCAGGCAUGAGAGGAGGGAGGAGAGAGGGGAGUUGGGAAAAAUGCAAAAAGUUGGAGUUGUAAAAAAAAAAAAAAAAAAGUCGGUGGUCGUGAGUAAGGAGAAAAAGGGAAGAUGAGUCGGGAAAGAAAUAAAGAAAGCGGAGGAGGUCGAGGAGGGGGAGAGGGAGGGCUCUGUCAGCAUUUCCUUUCCAGUGUUCUGUGGAAAAGGAGGAGCGAGGGGAAGGAAGGAAGGAGAAAGAGAGCUUGGAAGGAUUUUUAGGAGGGGCAAUGCUGGCGUUGUGCCUCCUGACCUACAUUGGGCCACUGAGUCCACUUCUCUUGUUUUUGCUCUGUUUGCCGUGUGAUGAGCUGGAGGUGACUUCUUGUCCCUCCUACCUCCCUCCUCUGUCUUUGUCUCUGUUCUCCCUUCUUCUUCCCUUUUGUUUUGUCAUUAUUAGCCUGUCCUUUUCCUUCCUUUUUGUUCCUUCGCUGUACCGUACUGCAUUUCUGUUUUCCCAGAUGUAUUCAUUUUCUCCCCCUCUCUUCUGGAAAGUCUGCUCACGCAUUGAACAGAUCAUGAAACAUCUGCAGGAUGUGAUCUUGUCCCACUUUGUUCCUCUGUUAUCUAUCUGUCAGUCUGUCUUCGUGUAAAGCCACUAUCAACAUGUUAUUAUGGUGCCUUUUUUCUCUUAAUACUGGGGGAUGUUUUUUUUUUACUAUAGAAAGCAUGAGGGAAAGUUUUUACGGUCUGUUUCUUACCUUUCUUACUCUACUUAUAAUUUGUAGUUUUGUACAUUUUUUGUGUUCAGGUUUUCUGUAAGAGCAGCAGUAGAUUAUUAUGACGAUGUUGAUGCAUGCAGGGCAUGUUCUGUAAGGCCUGUGCACUCCUGUGUAGGGUACAUUAAAGGUUUUCACAAUAAAACUCACAGGUAAAAAGCAGCA